AUGGCUCGCACAAAGAACCUUCUUGCCGCGGCUCUUCUCUUCGUCGCUGUCUCUGCGACUGCGCCUGGGGCUGUCAAGAGACAGGCUUCUGCGACGGCGACAAAGACUUCCCUGGACUUUGAGUCUUUGACGGGAUGUCAUAUGCAUGGAGUUACCCAGUUCUGCAUGGCCGGCUCGGACGAGUAUCAGAUCGUCUCUGAAGCCACCGCCACCGAAGACCCUCCAUCUUCGUACACAGACUGCCACAGCCAUGGAUCCGACACAUACUGCAUGAACCCCAAUGGCGGCGAAGUCCAAGUCCUCGGCGAAAACGCCACUCCUUCGCAAACCGCCAAAGCAACCGCCUCUGCCGAAGCCGACGAGAUCACCGCUGUGUCGAACUGUCAUAUGCACGAGACGUCCUUAUAUUGCAUGGGCCCCAGUUCGGCCGAGUACUACGUCCAAACAACCAUCACCAACACAGAAGAAUAUCCCGCCCAACUCACCAGCUGUCACAGCCAUGGCGAAGAGACAUACUGCAUGUCCGACGACGGGGAAGCACCCAUCCUUGCUGCCGAAGACGUUGAAUCGGGCGAAGCUGAUCCCCAAGAGGAACACUGCCAUUUCCACGCCGGCGUAGAACACUGCGUAGGCGGAAGCAACGGCUCUGAAGGCGAGGGCGCACCAUCUUGCGGUCGCAAAGACAGAGACUACAAGAUCGGCAUUCGAAUCGGCAUGCUCUUCGUUGUUCUCGUGGCGAGUUCAGUCGGUGUCUUUGGUCCUAUCCUCAUGUCCACCUUCAUCCCCGUGCGCUCCAACGUUGUCCUUACGAUCCUCAAGCAAUUCGGCACUGGAAUCAUUAUUUCGACUGCCUUCGUUCACUUGUUCACUCAUGCGUCGAUGAUGUUUGGCAAUGAAUGUCUUGGCGAGCUACUCUACGAGGCUACGACGGCUGCUAUCGUUAUGGCUGGCUUGUUCAUCUCCUUCCUCAUCGAGUUCUGCGUCCAUCGUGCUAUGCGCUGGCAGGCAACUAAGAAGGCCGAGACUGAUUCGGCUAUCUUGUCGCGCAAGGCUAUAGAGAAGGCUGAGAUGGCAAACAUUAGCAUCAUGGAAGCUGGUAUUAUCUUCCACUCACUUCUCAUUGGUAUCACCCUCGUCGUAGCAGGAGACUCCUUCUUUAUCACCCUCUCUAUCGUCAUCAUCUUCCACCAGCUCUUCGAGGGUAUCGCCCUCGGUACACGAAUCGCUUCUCUCGGCUACGGCCAGAUGCCCCUCGCCCUGGGCCACUCGCACUCACACUCCCCUCCUCCGUCGAUUGAACGAACAGGAACAUCCAGUGUCCCACUGUGGAAGAAGCUCCUCCUCGCCUCUGGCUUUGCCAUUGUUACUCCCAUCGGCAUGGCUAUCGGCAUUGGUGUUCUCAACGUGUUCAACGGCAAUAACCCCGCUACGCUCAUCGCCAUUGGUACGCUUGAUGCUUUUUCCGCUGGUAUCCUUGUUUGGGUCGGUCUUGUCGAGAUGUGGGCUCAGGAUUGGAUGUUGGGAGGUGAGCUUAGCGAUGCUAGUCCCUUGACCACGGUUCUGGCUAUGUUUGGUCUAAUCUGCGGAAUGGUUCUCAUGAGCUUGCUUGGAAAGUGGGCUUAA